AUGGGCAUUGGCUACGAAAUACACAAAGCAUUGAACUCCUCUCCCCACUACCAUUCCCCGCCCGAUCCCUCGUCGACGACGCGUUCCAAGGCUGCGGAAGGGUCCUCGUCCUACGGUACACCCCUAUCGGACCUGAGUCGCAUUGGAAAGCUCCACUAUUCUGGCCGCGAGCACGAGAGCUACAUCUCGAGCAGUGUGAGCACCUCUCUCCCAGGAUUGGCUGCUCUAGCAUCGGUCGCGUCCGCCCCCGAGUCGAACCUCCGGUAUGUGUUUGGAUUAGUAUCGGUUCGGUCUUAUCAUGGCUGA